GGAACACCGAACAAUACAAGAGUCUGGUUACCAUGGAGACGCGUCCUAUUCCUCCACGUGUGCAGCUCAUUAGAUGUCUGGAGCUGCCGCUAGCGCCCGCCGAGGUGAGCAUAUCUGAUCGACAGGAGAACUGCACGAUCUCAUGUAUGGGGGCCACCCAGCACACCCUGCAUGGGCUCAGAUAGGGAAGACUGCAACUCUACUUCACUCUGCUGACUUGAGAGUUGCAGGGUGACACGGCACCAUGGAAAUUGUCGGAGCUGAUCAGCAAGUCGGAGUUAAAGGGCAAACUAAAUCUGACAAGCAGUCUGCUAGAUCAACGGCCGAUCGUGGCGAGAAGAACAAAAAGAAAGCAAAGAAGAAAGUAAAAAGUGACCAGAAGGCUACCAAUGUUAAUAAGAAAAGAGGGCACACGUCCAGCACUCCACCUACAUCGGAUGAAAUAGAUAAGAGCAUCCACAAGAGUUUAAAGAACCAGAAAAGUAUUCCAUCAUCUUCAGAGAUGCGGGUUACUAUGAUAAGUGAAGCCACAGACAAUUCAGAUGGUGUAGCUAAUAUGACAAGUAUCAAAUCUGCUGACACUGCCAUUUUAUCCACCACAACACAAGAAGUUGUUUAUAAUGAGAGUUUGCGUUGGGAGGGAGUUCUUAACGACCCAGCAGCAGAACAGGAAAGAAUUUGUGAAUAUAAAAUCAACAGAAGGAAGCGCUAUCUGUUGGCUGCUCAAAAAUCUGUCCAUAAUUCAGAAGCUUUAUUACAAGAGCCUAAGGGACCAUUCCAAACAGUUUACAACAAAGGAAUUGGCACCUCUGAGAACACUAAUGCUGAUGAAUCCCCAGCAAGGACUGAUGAGGAGAAUACAAAUAAAACAAAGCUGAGCUCACACUUGCCAAACAUGAUAAAAAAUUUGCUCAGAAAUGGUCGCUAAAUGGCGUGAGAUUUGUGGUAAUGUGCCAAUGCUCUGAAACGGUCUUAUAUCUGUUUAAACUUUUGUGGCAACAUGGUAUAAUAUAUAAACAAACAUUUCAAGUUCUAUAUCAUUUUGUAGGGAAAAGUAAAAAUUGCUGUGCAUUGUUUCACACUAUAGACUAAAAUUGGCAGAAUGCAACAUAAAAAUAUAUUAUUGUAUAAGUAAAGAUAUACAGCUGCAGAGCAAGUGCCAUAGGAAUGCAUUAGAAAAUGAAAGUCUUCUGGAGACUCUACACCAGCCAGUCUCAGCCAGGGUUCCUUGGAACUCUAAGGUUCCUCCAGAGAUUGCCAAGGGUCCUUUGAACUGACCAACCUUCCACUUGAUGUUGUUUGAAUAGUUCCAGGUCCAAUGUCACUUAGCAGUGCCAUCAGCAUGACACCGGUUACC